GUCCAGCUAACUUAUGAGUAUGUUAUGAUGAUAUAAAAUGUAUUCUGUUUAGUUCACAUUUCAUAUUUUAAACAUCAUGCCUAAGACAGAAUUGUCCUUGAUAGUUCUACUAGUAAUUAUCGUAUUUCACGUACAAUUUUGUACUUCCACUGAUACAAUUUCCUUUAACAAAUCUCUAAAAGAUGGAGAUUUGUUAAUCUCUUCUGGAAAAUCAUUUGCUCUUGGUUUCUUCAGUCCUGGAAAUAAUUCCAACAAUCGAUACGUUGGAGUUUGGUACAAUAAUGUCCCUGAACUAACAGUCGUUUGGGUCGCUAAUAGAGAGAAUCCUAUAAAUGGUACGUAUGGGGUUCUCUCUAUCGACCCAAAGGGUAAUCUCGUCAUACUAAAUCGAAAUACCAAAAUUUUCUCCUGGAAAAUAACCAAUAUUUCCUCUGCUCAGCUUUUGGAUUCAGGGAAUUUCGUGUUGUUUCGAGACCCGAAAAGGGCAGUUAUUGUAUGGCAAAGCUUUGAUUAUCCUACAAAUACUAUACUUCCUAACAUGAAAUUUGGGAAUGACAAGAAAACCGGUUUGAACCGGUCUCUGACGUCGUGGAAAUCGAUGGAUGAUCCCGGUUCAGGGGAGUAUUUAUACAAGGUUGAGAUAAAUGGAAUAGUACCUCAAGUUUUCCUGUACAAGAAUUUUAACAGGAUAUGGCGAACCGGACCCUGGACCGGUCUAGGUUGGAGUGGUGUACCCGAAAUGAAGCCUGGAUUUAUAUUUACCAUCAAUUAUGUUAACAAUGAAAGUGAAGUCUCUGUGACAUUCAGUAUGAAGGAACCAGUUCUCUCGAGAUUAGUACUGAAUGAAUCGGGGAUGAUGAAUAUAUUGAACUGGCAAGAAGGUGGGAAGAAAUGGGUACAAUUUUGGUCCGCGCCUAAGGACUCGUGUGAUGACUAUGUGCAUUGUGGCAAAUUUAGUAAUUGCAACUUGUACAACUUGGGUGAAUUUGAAUGCAAAUGUCUUAUCGGAUACGAGCCAAGGGAUAACCGGUCAUGGUACUUGAGAGACGGUUCCCACGGGUGCUUGAGGAAGAAGGACGAGAACCUGUGUAAAAAUGGCGAGGGGUUCGCCAAAUUGAGUAAUGUGAAGGUUCCAGACACGUACAUAGCGCGAUUGAAUAGGAGUAUCGGGUUGCAAGAAUGUGAGAAAUUGUGUCUGAAUAAUUGUUCUUGCACUGCCUAUGCAAGUGCUAAUGUUAGUAUAGGAGGAAUUGGAUGCAUCACUUGGUAUGGUGACUUGAUAGACACAAGAGAAUUCACAGAUGGAGGCCAAGAUUUGUAUAUCAGAGUAUCUGCAUCUACUUUGGCUCAAUUCUUGAAGAACAAUGGUCAUCACAGGAAAAGAACCAUAGCAAUUGUUACAGUGUGCAUUUCUGCAAUGCUCAUCGCGCUCUCGUUUGCUUGUUGUUUGGUAAUAAGGAAAAGGAGAAGAGGAGGAGGGGUUCAUCUGAAUCCCCUUUGUCGAAAAUUUACAUUGUAUAAACAAGAUAAGGAGGACCAAUUCACCAGUUUGAAUACUUUGAAAAGGAAUUUAGCUUCGUAUGAGAACUCUUCAAGAUGCAAUGAGAUGGAUGGAAGUGAACAAGUCGAUGUGUUAAUCUUCGAUCUAAGCACUAUCAUUUCUUCCACUGAUGAUUUCUCUGAUGCUAAUAAACUCGGAGAAGGAGGCUUUGGCAGCGUUUACAAGGGUCAGCUAAACAAUGGACAAGAGAUAGCGGUCAAAAGACUUUCGAAGAAUUCAGGACAAGGAGUGGAGGAAUUCAAGAAUGAAGUAACGUUAAUCGCCAGAGUACAACACAGAAAUCUUGUGAGGCUUUUAGGAUGUUGCAUACAAAGAGGAGAGAAAAUGUUGAUAUAUGAAUACUUGCCAAACAAAGGCUUGGACAGUUUUAUCUUUGAUAAAACUAAAGGGUCACAGUUAGAUUGGAGAAAACGAUUUGAAAUCAUCGUUGGAAUAGCACGAGGAUUGUCAUACCUUCACCACGACUCACGAGUACGAAUCAUACACAGGGAUUUAAAAGCCAGCAAUGUUUUACUAGAUGCCUCAAUGCACCCGAAAAUAUCAGAUUUUGGAACUGCUAGGAUAUUUGGUGGUGACCAAAUUGAAGCUAACACGAAUCGAGUCGUUGGAACAUAUGGUUAUAUGUCACCAGAAUAUGCAAUGGAAGGGCAUUUUUCAGUGAAAUCUGAUGUUUUCAGUUUUGGAGUUCUGUUGCUGGAGAUCAUCACUGGCAGGAAAAACACUACUCAUUAUCAGGAUCUGUCUUUAAAUUUAGUUGGAAAUGUUUGGGAUUCUUGGAAUGAUGACAAAGCUUUAGAUGUUGUUGAUCCCUCAUUAGGGGAUUGGUAUGAAACUAGUGAAGUUUUGAGAUGCAUCCAAAUUGGACUAUUAUGUGUACAAUCAUAUGCAAAUGAAAGACCAAUGAUGUCUGAAGUGGUCUUCAUGCUUUGCAAUGAAACAAAAUUGCCUAAUCCUGGACAACCUGGUUUUGUGUUCAGAUCAAGAAAUUCUUCUUCACUUCCUUAUUCGUCAUCAGCUAGUAUUGGAACUUCUGUAAAUGAGAUUUCUAUUACUACACAACAUGCUCGCUAAUGCUCGCUAGGUGUGUGUCGAAUCCUUCAAAAGUAGUACAAUAUAUAUUUUUUGUGGAUCUAACAUGGGUGCGGCAAUGUUUUUGGAGAGCACUGAGCCGUAUAGUCUUUAGGUAAUUUAUAGUUGAUCUUUUUAUUGCUUUAGUUUAAGGAACAUUUAAAUUAUUAGUGUAUUUUAACAUGUUAUAUCAGGUAAUUAUUUUUUUAUGUUUUAAAUUAUUAAUUCUACUUUUUAUGGAUAAUUAUGUAUAAUUAGUGACUUGAUA